AUGAGUGACCAACAGAAUACUCAACAUAACUCCCCUGCUCAGUUUGCUGAGGCCGCGGGUGCCAGUGACGGCGCUUCCUCGAACCAAUCUUACACAAUCGAUACGCCGCCUGUCGCAAAUACUUCUAUGGAUACGGAAAUGUCAGUAGACAGUUCAGCUACCGAGACUCCCGCUCAAUCCUCGACUUCUACCCCUAUGACCCCUAUGAUCCCUGGCCUUGGUUUUGUCAGUGGUCCCAAUGAUCAGUCCGCCGAACAAUCGGCACAGCCCGCUAUGUCGACCACCGUCCAGCAAGAGCCCCAAACACAUGCCGCUGAGGAAAAGGUUGGCGAGCCUUCAGUCGAAUUGGAGGAGACCAACGAGCCCACAGUCACGAAAGUGGAGGAUACCAACGUGUUCCCGGUGAAGGUUGAGGAGACCAACGAUUCCAUGGCUAAGCAGGAAUCAGCGGAGGAAAUCCACGGUGAGGCAAUGGAGGUUGAUCAGAAGCCCGAGUCUAGCAUCACCGAGAAUGCAAAUGCAAUCGCAGAAGGCCAGUCGGAAAAUGCGCAAGCAGAGGAAGAGGAAGAACACCCUGAAUGGGAGGUAGACUCUUCCCCAUACGAAUCGUCCUCGGAUAGUUCAUCCUCCGAUUCUGAUGACAGCGACGACGAAGACUACCCAAUCCUCACUGCCGAAGAACAGGCUCGGAUUCUGAUGAUGGCCGAAGGUGGCUCUGACGAUGAAGGUGAUGGCAAGGGCAAAUCUGGUGGCUAUAUUCGUUCAACAAACGAGGUUGCUGAAGACGUUUUGCCUGUUCCGGAUGUGGAGAUCACCCCCGAGAUGACAAUCGUCUAUCUUGGAAAGGUUCAAGCGGCUAUUGACAAUGCCGUCCUCGUCGAGGCCAACACCUCUGGAGAAUACCAAGUCCUUGAAUCGGGUUCCCUGCUCUGUUCCGAGGACCGCAAGGUCAUGGGUGUUGUAUCAGAGACCUUGGGCAGAGUUGAGCACCCCCUGUACACUGUGAUGUUCUCAACUGCAGCAGAAGUGCAAGAAAAGGGCUUGGUGAGGGACAUGCCCAUCUACUACGUCCAGGCGCACUCUACUUUCGUGUUCACCCAACCGCUUAAGGGCAUGAAGGGCAGUGAUGCAUCGAACUUCCACGAUGAGGAGGUCGCUGAUGAGGAGAUGGAAUUCUCUGACGAUGAGGCGGAGGCCGAUUACAAGCGGCAGUUGAAGCAAAAGCGACAGGAGAGAAAGGAAGCCAGAGAUGGUGGAAAGCCAAAGAGAGGACCCCCAGGACCUUCGAAGCUCGGCCAGACAGAGCUCAGUUACGACGAGGGUGGCGAAGAAGGGUACACGCCUCUUGCGCGCCCCAAAAAUCUACAUGAAAUGAUGGGCUCCCACGAAGCGCCCGUUGAGAGUGGAUCUGGUCCCCGUGGCGGCGCCCGUGGUCGUGGCCGAGCCACUGACCGCGGCGGACGAGGAGGUCGUGGUGGACGAGGUGGUGGCAGAGGCGGAUCCAGGGAACAAGACCAGGAUCGUCGGCCCUACCCACAGGGUGGCAGUUCCUCUUAUGGCCAGAGUCAGCCUGCACCGGUUGUCCAGCACCAGCAGCCCCCCUACGGCCAACCCGCAUACCCGCAACAGCAUCAAGCGUACCCACAGCAGCAGCAGCAGCAGCAGCAGCCCGCCUACCCCCAACAGCAAACUACCUACGGCAUGCCCCAGGGUUAUGCUCAGUACCAGCAAUUUGCCCAACAAUACGCACAACAAUAUGCGCCUCAGCAGCAAGCGCAGGCGCCUCAAGGUGCACCCCCCGCACAAUUUCCCUUCCAAUUCCCCUUCGCGCAAGCUUUUCCUCAGCCAAACCCGUUCCAGCCUGGAAUUCCUGCGCAGGCACAUAUCAAUCCUCUAUUCUUAGCCGCCUUGCAGCAGCAACAGCAGCAGCAGCAGCAGCUGCAACAGCAAUAUCAGCAACCCCAGCAGCCCCAACAACCCCAAGCUCCCGCUCAAGGUCAACAGCAGAAUCCAGCUAUGAAUUUCGACCAAGUCAAGGCCCAGUUGGAUAUGUUGCGGAACUUGAGCAACGGCCACCAAGGACCUCCUCCUUCUUAA